AUGGCUACCACGUUAUCCCCCCCAACUGUUGCUGAUAGUAAGGAGAAGAUAUCGGAUCCUAUGGAUACUGUCAUUCCUAGCAAAGAGUACAAAUGGUGGUUGAAUAACAUCGAUCACCUGACCACUCCGGAGCGCCGUAAAGUCCUUGAGAAUUAUAGUAAUAUUCCUCCUGAGGAUGUCCGUCAACAUAUUUAUGACAUUCGUAAGAAAGCAUGGGCAGUUCGCCAAUAUCCAUGCACAGGAAUGGCUCGCUUCCUCGAUAAUCUUCUCGCUCAGUCCCCAGUCUAUAGCGAUAUUGUCGCCCGACUUAAAAAAGGGGACUCGUUCAUAGACAUUGGAUGUUUCCUCGGUCAAGAAUUGCGUCAAUUAGUCUGGGAUCUCGACGGUGCACCAACGACAAAUAUUCAUGCUAUAGAUAUAGUUAAUCACUGGGACCUGGGAUACGAAUUCUUCAAGGAUAAAGAUAGGUUUCAGGUUGAUUUCUUCCAAGAUGACAUGUUGCAGCCAGGGGAAAAGUUGAGGGCGUUACAAGGAACCAUGGAUGUUAUUCUUGUCAACCAGAUUUUUCAUCAGUGGGGAAUCGAGAAUCAAAUUGAGGGUGCUAUACAAUUGGUUAAAUUGUCUCGAGCUCGUCCAGGUAGUUUGAUCUUGGGUAACCAAGCCGGUGUGCCGGAGCAACGGGAGUUGCUCGGUCCCAAAGGCUCGAAAUACAGAUCCCUCGUGCACUCCCCGCAAAGCUGGAAGGAUAUGUGGGAUGAAGUCGGGAAGAGAACAGGAACGCAAUGGAAGACGGAAUCAAAGUUGUUGACUUGGGAGCAACUCGGACAUGAUCCCGAGGAAACGGCAUACAUGGGAAGAGAUAUUUUGAUGUUGGAAUUUGUCAUUACGAGGCAGUGA